UUCCCUUUCUUUACUAUUCCGUCUCUUUCAAUAUCUCUUUCUUCUUCUUCUUUCUCUCUCUCUCUCUCUCUCUCUCUGUUCUUCUACUUAUAACAACCCUUCAUUUUCAGUCUUUUUAUCUUCUUAUUAAUUUCAUGGCUGCAGCUUCCACAUCAUCAUCAUCAUCAUCACAAUCUGAGAUUACUCCAUCUUCUAAUGAUGAUCUAAAGAUCAUAGUUGAAAGCAAUAUCUCUCCUUCCAGAUUAUCAGAACUGGGUAUCAACUCAUGGCCCAAAUGGGGAUGUCCUCCGGGGAAGUACACCCUAAAGUUUGAUGCCCUAGAGACAUGUUAUUUGGUGAAAGGAAAGGUUAAGGUGUAUCCAAAAGGCUCAUCAUCAUCAUCAUCAUCAUCAUCAUCAUCUACAUCAGAUAAUUUUGUAGAGUUUGGAGCAGGAGAUCUUGUUAUCAUUCCUAAGGGACUUAGUUGCACGUGGGAUGUUUUAAUUGCAGUUGAUAAACACUACAAAUUUGAUUCUAAUUCAACCACUUAAAUUAAUAUAAGAGACUAAUUAAUAAUUACCUUCCUAGCUAGCUAGAGAUCAGCACCAAUAUUAUGUAUAUGCAUGCAUAAAACGCAAUUCUUAUAUGUAUAUCGGUUUUUAGCUACCUAGUUUUUAUAUACAUGUUAACUUAUUAAUUAUAGUGUAAAAUUACUUUGUUUAUAUAAUGACCAUAUAUAUAUAUAUAUAUUUAUAUAUGGUUUCAAAUUGUGAAGAGCAUGAUAUAUAUUAGAAGAGAAAAUAAAAAAGAAAGAAAGAAAGCUUGGACACAAAGAUGGAAAAGAACAAAAUAAAUGAGCAAAUAUUAUCCACUACUUGUUGGAAUAUUUGUCUCUCUAUAUGAUCUUUUUUAUAUGAUCUGUUCCUUUUGACUGGUCUUGGUCAGCUUUUUAGGGUUUCUUAUCUUAUUGUGUCAUCAGUGAGCAAAUGCCUCCUUUUUAAGUUUGUAGUUUUGUGCACGUGAGAUUGAAGCACACUAUAAUAUCUAUAUAUUUAUGAGUC